CGCCGAUUCGGACUUACAUUUAAAUAUACAUGUUGACUUGGGUCGAUUCAUUCGUUCGGAUAACUAGUAAAGUGGAUAUAUCAGGCUCUGUAAGGUGAUGGUCUUACGUUCAUAGAACAUCGGCAAUGUGGCCGCGAGGGGUACUGAACAUUCUCUUUUUAGGAAUGUGGUGUUCAUUCACGUACGGUCUCAUAGCGUCAGACUUCAAAGCCCAGGAACAUAUAGACGAUUUUAUAGAGGAGUUAUUUGAAGCAGAUCAUUACAAAAAGUCUAGAAGACCAGCUCAAGCCAUCGAGGUCAAAAUCAUCCUACAUAUCAACAGCCUCAGUUCCCUCAGCGAAAUAACUAUGGACUACGGUAUUGACAUGUACUUUGACCAAGAAUGGCAGGACGUCCGUCUGGCCCACAACUGGACCACAGGAAGAAUAACGCUAGAUCAUGACAUUGCUCGAAAACUUUGGCAGCCCGACACAUAUUUUCUUAAUGCAAAACACGGCCACACACAUGACCUCAUGGUAUCGAAUGAAUGUGCUUUCCUUUUACCAAACGGUACAGUUAGAUACAGUAAACGAGUUUCGCUGGUGGUGGCGUGCACCAUGAAUCUAGUUUAUUUUCCAAUGGACGAGCAAGACUGCAGUCUCCUUCUUGGAAGUUACGGACACCCGGCAAGGGAGAUUAGCUAUGCCUUUAUCGGAAACGACUCAACAACAUUCGAAAAAAAAUUAAUACUUCCCGAUUUUAUAUUGGAUACCGACAACGUGGAACAGAUACAACUGAUGUGGGACUUCCCCGUCGGGAAAUUCAGUUGUCUGGAGUUUAUUUUCCAUCUAAGAAGAGACUUUGGAUACUAUCUCAUUCAGACUUACAUCCCAAGUAUGUUAGUGGUAUUACUAUCGUGGUUAAACUUCUGGUUAGAUAUUCAAGCGACCCCCGCCAGGAUAUCGGUGGGUUGUCUGACAGUGUUAACCCUGGCCACGCAGAGUUCGGGGGUGAAUGCUCAGCUACCUCGGGUGUCUUACAUCAAAGCCAUUGAUGUAUGGAUGUCUACGUGUAUGGUGUUCGUGUUCGGGGCGCUGCUGGAGUUCGCUGUCGCCAGCGUGUUGGCGCGGAAAGAUGCGACGAGAAGAGAGAAUGCUGUGAGUUCUGUAAGUGUGGCCAAGCCAAAUGACAUCCCAUUACGGACAAUACGCAAUUCCAGUCCAAAAACUAUAGCAGCCGCGGAAAAUAUCAGUAGCAGGGAGUUUGACUGUAGCUGGAGACUCUUGCAAACUGCUGACGACCCUCCUGUGGUAAAAAAGCGCCCGAGACCGCGGCGAAAGCGGACAAGCGCAUCGGAAAAAGUCGAAAAUGCUUCAAGAAUAUUAUUUCCAUUAUCUUUCUGUGUAUUUAAUGCUGUUUAUUGGUUACAUUACUGGUGUAGGUGGUUUUCGUCGGAUAAGUGUAAAUAUUGAGCGCCAUCGGGUCUAAAUAUUUAUAAUUUAAAGGCGCAGUCCAUUCGUAUAAGCUAUUUGACAUGAUAUCAUUUUUUUCGAAAUGCCUCCAUGUACAUUGUACAUGUGUACAUGUAGUUUUCCGCUACAAAUCAUGGAUGAUGAACACCCAGUGGCGGACAUUCCUGUUAAAACGCUAAACACACUACAAUUGUGUUUUGCUUUGAGGUUAUUGCUGCACAUGGGGUACGAGCAAAACCAUUGUGGGUCAUAGCAGUCAUAUAUGAAUAAACUGGGCCUUUAAAUUGGGUCUUUGUAAAUAGUGGAUUCCAUAUUGAGAAUUUUGAAAGUACAGAAUAGGUGAUAUCAAAGCAGAUGAAGUCAUCUGUUUUAAAUAACUAGUCAAUUUUAAGUCAUUUUUUGUGUGCGACAGUAUUUCAGACCAUCAUUUCCCUAUCAUGGCUCUCAUUUGGUUAGCUAACUUCUCCGUCAGUCGAGAGAUUGUAUUGGUUAUAUGUAUUUAUGCAUAAUAAUGCCAUUGGUCCUUUAAGAAGUGCUAUCUUUCGUGAUCUGAUGAAGAAAAUAUCUUGGAAUUGAUAUUCAUUGGGAGUUGCCGAGGAAUACAUAUCAGAAGUGUCGAAAAACUUGAGUUUUAUAACACAGAACGAUUAGAUUACGCUAAUAGCCACGGCAUUAUUUGAUAGAAAGCCACUUUGGUACAAGAUACAGGUCCAAAACAAAGUUUUGUUAUAGGCGGGCCUCAUAAUCCCCAGCCCCACCCCACCCCCAUGAGGAGCCAGGAACCAAACCCCUCUUAUAGAAUAUCGCGACUCAUUCGAGUUGAGUUUAUUCUCUCUUGUUCCAUACACUUUCUUGUCCCUGGCAAACUGGCUGUUAGUUAGAGAUGCAGAAGACGGCCCGUCUGCCCAGCCUCGUUACUAGUUGCCCUAACUUGGGAUAAUUGAUACACGUUCGACUGCAAAUGGAAGCUGGUCAUUGAAACGUGACAAAGGAUAAUGGGUCGUUAGUGAGUUAUCUAGACGCAUCUUAAUAUAACCUCCGGGAAAUCAAUGACUAGGGAUCUUGUCACCUUUAUAGAUAUCUACACUUUUUAUUGCAAACUACUCAGCAAUGUCUUUGUCCGUCUGCUGAACAAUUUUUUGUUGUCAGAGAGCCAUUUUACAAGAUGUGAUUAUUUAGGCGGGUCGCUUAUGUCAUUUUGCAAAGGAAAACAUCAUGAGACGGCGUUCCUUCCCUCUUUUAUUUACGCCUGUAUGUACCUAUUCUGUGCAGUCUUCGGCGGACGUCAUAAAAAACAUUACGAGAAAUAUGAGAUGAGAUUUCAGAUUAGUUGGUCUUAGCCAAUCAGGGGAACUUUUUCAAGCUAUUAAGGGAGUUUCAGUUGUGUUGAGCCUGACCAAUCAGGUUAAUUCUUCAAUUAAUCUUCACUCAUUUCCUCUUGCGGUACGAGAGGAGGUUUUUGAUUAGUUGGUCUCAGCCAAUCGGCUUAUUUUCAGUUUUUUCCAUUUGUUGGUUUUAGCCGGUCUCCCGGUCAUCAGCCCUGCCACCGUCAAAAAAAAUCGUCUGGUGAAUCGAUGUACACUUCCUUGGCAAAGAUGGUUACGCGGGCAAUCAUCUCGAUGAAAAAUAUGUAGAAUUUUGAAGCAGGAUCUGUACACUCUUAACAUAAAUUAGUAACAAUAUCUACAUCAUUCUGGUACAUGUAGUUGCUAGUGCACCGACUAUUAAUGAAAUUAUUUGUUUUAACUAUCGAAAUGCAUAAACGUAUAGUAAUUCAUUACAACUACCAAGAUUAGUUGUUUUAAUAUUUUAAGAGUGUGUAGGUUUUCCUUUACAAAAUAUAUAUAGAAAAAUUCUAUGAUCCAUCCCAUCGAUUUUGGUGCGGUUAUUUUCAUUAUAGAUUUAUUUCGGGAAAUUGUUGCCAGAUUACCAAUGACGUGU